UUCAACACCCAAAAAUCCAACUAUCUAGAUUUUGGCCUUAUUUUAGUGUAGUGGGUCAAUCAGACAACUAUAAAAAAAUAUUUCAAUAAUACAAUAAUCAUGCGUUUUCUAUUGUAAGAACUAUUGAGUAUGUAUGUUUUUAAUCAAAAGUAGGAAAAAAGACGUUGAGGCCUAGUGCGUUUCAUGUAUGCCUCUUGAAGAAUAAAUAACAACCAGAAGCAGAGAUUGUGGAAGGGAUUGAUAGAGGAGGAAGAAACUCAGAUGGGUGGUGUUCUUACAUUUCUCCUCUUUUCUCUCUCCUUUCUCAUUCCACCUUCUUCUUCUUUGCCCUUGUGCACUAAUUCAAGAGCACCCUUUCCGGCGAAGACGCCUUUGGCAUUCUGUCCUUACAAUGGGACAGUCUGUUGUGAUGGGAGGGAGGAUUUGCAGCUGCAGAGACAAUUUGAGGACAUGAACAUUACUGAUCCUGCUUGCGGGUCGCUUCUCAAGUCGAUUCUAUGCGUGAAAUGUGACAAGUUCUCGGCUGAGCUAUUUAAAAAUGAAUUGCAACUUGGGACCGUUCCCGUCUUGUGCAAUUCAACUGUUCUGGUGAACUCAUCCCAAACGAAUGGUGCAGAGAAUGACUUUUGUGCAAAGGUUUGGGAUACAUGCCGGAACAUAUCGAUACGGAAUUCCCCGUUUGCACCGUCAUUGCAAGGAAGAGCUGGUGUUCCAGCUAAUUCUACGUUUUCAAAACUAACUGACCUCUGGCAGUCACAAGAUGACUUCUGCAAAGCAUUUGGUGGGCCUUCCAGUGAUGGGUCAGUCUGUUUUGAUGGCGAGCCAGUUUCACUGAAUAAUACCCAAGUUCCAAUUCCUACAGGUGGUCUGUGCAUUGAGAAAAUCGGGACAGGAGCUUACCUUAACAUGGCUGCUCAUCCAGAUGGGUCCGAUCGUGUCUUCUUAUCUGACCAACCUGGUAAGAUAUGGUUGGCAACUCUUCCUGAACAAGGAUCAGGUGGAACUUUGAGGAUUGAUCAAUCCACUCCCUUUCUAGAUUUAACUGAUGAAGUACAUUUUGACACCCAGUUUGGGCUAAUGGGUCUUGCAUUCCAUCCGGAUUUUGCGAGAAAUGGCCGUUUCUUUGUUUCGUUCAACUGUGAUAAGGCUGAUUGGGCAAGCUGUUCCGGAAGAUGUUCAUGCAACUCAGAUGUGGGCUGUGAUCCUUCGACGAUUGGUACUGAUAAUGGAGCCCAGCCAUGCCAGUAUAACAGUGUUGUUGCAGAAUUUACAGCUAAUGGUACCUCAUCGACGCCUUCCUCGGCAACAAAUGCUAAUCCAUCAGAAGUAAGAAGGAUAAUUACAAUGGGCCUCCCAUUUACAUCUCAUCAUGCGGGGCAGAUUCUCUUUGGACCUGAAGACGGAUAUUUAUACUUUAUGAUGGGGGAUGGUGGAAACCGAGGCGAUCCUUUCAAUUUCAGCCAGAAUAAAAAAUCUUUGCUAGGAAAGAUUAUGCGGCUUGAUGUGAAUAACAUACCAAGUGCGACCGAAAUACAAGACCUUGGUCUGUGGGGAAAUUAUUCAAUUCCUAGAGAUAAUCCUUUUGUUGACAACAGUCAAUGGCAGCCUGAAAUCUGGGCCUUGGGGCUUAGGAAUCCAUGGCGUUGCAGUUUUGAUUCAGAAAGGCCGUCCUACUUUAUCUGUGCAGAUGUUGGCCAGGAAGUAUAUGAAGAGGUGGAUUUGAUUACAAAGGGUGGAAACUAUGGUUGGCGUGUUUACGAAGGUCCAGAUCUUUAUACUACUUUACAGACUCCUGGUGGAAAUACAACUCCUGAUUCAAUAAAUGCCAUCUUCCCUGUGAUGGGAUACACCCACUCAGAUGUAAAUAAAAAAGAAGGAUCUGCAGCAAUCACUGGCGGUUAUUUUUAUCGGUCUGAAACGGACCCAUGCAUGACAGGAAGGUACUUGUAUGCAGAUUUAUAUGCUGGUUUCAUGUGGGCGGGCACAGAAAGCCCUGAAAACAGCGGAAACUUCAAUAGCACCUCAAUUCCUUUCAGUUGUGCUCAAGACUCUCCAAUGCCGUGUACUUCCGUACCCGGAACUUCUCUCCCCUCUUUGGGCUACAUAUUUUCGUAUGGUGAAGACAACAGAAAAGACGUCUAUCUUUUAACCAGCAUGGGUGUAUACAGAGUCGUCCGCCCAAGCCGUUGCAAGUACACAUGCUCAAAGGAAAAUGUUUCAGCUAGUGGGAAUCCACCGCCAAGCCCGUCCCCAUCGUCCCCAUCAUCUGCGUUCUGGUUGGCAGACUUCCAUAAGCAAUGGAUUUUCUUGUUCUCUGCCUUCCUACUUGUAUUGGGUUUUAGCUUGUAAGUUUUUUAAUAACUUGUUUUCGAAUAUUGGGAGAACUAUGAUAUCUGGUUUGAAAUGAGAAGAUGUUGGUGGAAAAGAGAAA